AUGGAAUAUUUGUUAAUCGGAGGCCUUAUAUCAAUCCCUUUAAUCUACUACAGCACCCGCCCAGUCCCUAUUGAGCCCACACUUGAAAAGCCUGAAGACUCUCCAAAAGAAGAGCCAGUGCAAGAAAAAUUUUACACCCAAGAAGAACUAGAUGCAAUGAAACAAAGAUCAAAAGAACGACAAGAAAGAAUUUUAAGCGCAAUGACUCCACACGAGCAAGAAAUAUUUAAAAGUUACAUAAAAGAUUUACAAGACAAAGAAAAAAACCACGAAUCAGGCUUCCACAAAGGAGUAGAUUGGUGCAUGUUUGUAGUGCUGUGCUUAGUGAUAACAGGGAUUAUUUAUGCAAUUUCUCAGCAUGCUGCCAAAUUACCGAUUUCUAGUGAUGUUGACUUAUAA